CGAGUAUAAGGAAGGGGCAGGAAGGAAUCGGGAGCCUCCAUCUGGUAGGGCCCAACCAGAGAUGAGACAGAUUAUGGCCGUCAGAUCAAUGCUCUACAGAGACCUUCAUUUCCACGCUUUCACUAACUCAGAUUCGAAACCAGCUCAGAACCAACAGAAAUUGAAAAUUCAUAAACUUUGAGAUCACUCUUCUCUCUCUCUCUAGCUCUCUUUCUCUCUCUUCUGCGGCCAUUGUUUAGAGAAAAUGAUGAACAAAACACUGAGAAAGACAUCUCCUCUUCCUACCAGAAGGGAAAAAGAAGCGAUUGUUCUUUCUUCUGAGACAAACCCAUUUCACCCAACCUCAAUUACACCAACAAAAACCUAAUUCUCAACGUAAAGUUUCUCUCUUUCUCUCUCUAAACCUCAAUCCAUGUCGUCCUCGCCUUCUUUUCUUUCUCUAUAUUUCCUUCCUUCUUCCAUUCUUCUCUUCAUUCCCCUUAAUCGCUUUCUUUUUCUUCUCGAAUGCAGCCAUCUCGCCGCAAGCUCUCUCUGUUCUCUUCAGAAAUGGCUGCAAUGAAGGCGCGAAAGAACAACAAUCUCUCCAUAUUUGCUGUUGUUUUCUCCGUUUUUAUAUUUGGGGUUUUCAUGUACAAUGAAGACGUUAAGUCCAUCGCCGAAUUCCCAUUUUCCAGCCCAAAAACAGAGAAGGUUCAAGAACAGAGCUCCCCUGUUCACAACGCCCUUCAAACAGAGGUUUCCGAGAGUUCGAGAUUCCAGCUCGGAACCAAUACAGAAGAAUCAGAAUCAGAAUCUGAUGAAUCCGUUAAUCUGAAAUCGAGUGUUUCGAAGGAAGAUGAAGAACAGAGCAAUCAGAAGCUCGAACAAUUGCCGGCGGUGGCUGAAGAAGAUGACGACGACGAUGUCGAAUUACCCCCUGAAGAAUGCGAUUUGUAUAACGGGGAUUGGGUUUUCGACAACGUUUCUUAUCCUCUGUAUAAAGAAGAUGAAUGUGAAUUUCUGACAGCUCAAGUUACUUGCUUGAGAAAUGGAAGAAAAGAUUCUCUGUUUCAGAAUUGGAGAUGGCAACCCAGAGAUUGUUCCUUGCCCAAAUUCAAACCCCGAUUGCUUCUGGAGAAACUGAGGGGAAAAAGGCUGAUGUUCGUCGGAGAUUCAUUGAACAGAAACCAAUGGGAAUCCAUGGUUUGUCUGGUUCAAUCAGUGAUUCCUCCGGGCAGAAAAAGCUUGAACAAGACCGGUUCACUCGCUGUCUUUAAACUUCACGACUACAAUGCUACGGUGGAAUUCUACUGGGCCCCGUUCUUGGUAGAGUCAAAUUCAGAUGAUCCAAAGAUGCACAGCAUUUUGAACCGGAUCAUCAUGCCGGAGUCCAUAGACAAGCAUGGAGAGAAUUGGAAGAACGUGGAUUAUCUCGUCUUCAACACUUACAUUUGGUGGAUGAAUACUUUCACCAUGAAAGUUCUGCGUGGUUCGUUUGAGGAAGGAUCAACAGAGUUUGAUGAAAUCGAACGGCCAGUAGCGUAUGGAAGAGUGUUGAAUACAUGGAUGAGAUGGGUAGAACAAAACGUGGACCCUAAUCGCACCACAGUUUUUUUCAGCAGCAUGUCUCCUCUUCAUAUCAAGAGCUUGGAUUGGAACAACCCAGAUGGGAUAAAAUGCGCAAAAGAGACAAUGCCAGUACUAAACAUGACGGCGCCGCUAGAAGUGGGCACCGACCGCCGCCUCUUCUACAUCGCGAUGAACGUAACACAGACAAUUAAAGUGCCGGUCCAUUUCAUCAACAUCACCGCCCUCUCCGAGUACCGGAAGGACGCCCACACCUCCGUCUACACCAUACGGCAAGGCAAAAUGCUGACCCCCGACCAGCAGGCCGACCCCGCCACCUACGCCGAUUGUAUCCAUUGGUGCCUGCCUGGCUUGCCCGACACCUGGAACGAGUUCAUUUACACACGUAUCAUUUCCGACUCCUAACAAUUCCCCCCCUCAGACCUUUAGAUUACCCCCUUUUUCCGGUUCGGUUCGUGUAAUCUUUUUAUUACUUGGGCCCGUAUAAAUGGGCCAACAUUCGAAUUUAUCUAGAAUGGCUGCUGAGAUAACAGGCCCAAGUUGAAGAUGGGCCCAAUGUUUCAUGCUAGGCCCAUCCUGCUGCC